AUGGGGCCUCGAAGUGUGUUGGUGACGAUCCCAGCGUCCAACUAUUGCGAGAAGGCGAGAUGGGGAUUGCGGCUGGCCAAGAUCGAAUUUGUUGAAGAGAUGCAUGCUCCUCUGUUCCACUAUCUGUCCACGAAACCCAAGGGUGGGCGGAGUGUGCCGUUGUUGGUGACGUCGGAGUCCACGACCUUGAAAGACAGCAACGCCAUCCUGUCCCUAUGCGGCACUGCGUUGCCGUCGUUGUAUCCCCACCCAGUCGUGAAGGAGAAGGAACUUCACUUUGACAACCAUUUCGGCCCGGCCGCACGUCGGUUCGGCUACGGCCUGAUGUUCUCUCUCGGCCCUUCCGUGGCCAAACGCAUCAUCGUGGACCCAUUACAAGGCACCGCCGAAGCUUACGCGGCGUCGGCAUUAUUUCCAUUGCUCAAGUCCGCUCUCAUCAAGUCGCUCAACAUCACGGACAAGGGCAUCGAACGAUCUUGGGCCAAAAUUCAGACCACAUUUGACGAAGUCAAUGCAAUCUUGGGCGACAAGCCACUUGGAACUCAGUUCGUGGCGGGAGACUCGUUCACGGCAGCGGACAUUUCGUUUUGUUCCCAUGCGUCGUUACUGUUGUCACCUCCUCAGAAUCCCUUCCUCGCGCCAUAUUUGAACGUCUCCGAUGCUCCCCCGAUGUACCAAGCUCGCUACCACGAACUCGCGGCGUCCAAAGCUGGUCAGUUUGUCCUUUGGUGUUAUGCAAACCACUAUCCUCCGAUGCACCCCAACAACCAACCAGCGAAACUCUGACCAGUAAAAGAUAUGCGCCAAUUCUGCUUGCUCCAUAAGCCAGUUCAAUUGAACAAUAAAGCGGAUGAAUUGCCAUACAAC